UCGUGUCCCGAAUUGUCAAAAUAUUGCGCUUUUCAAUGAAAACGGAAUGAAUCUAGUUACAAUAGCUUUUAUCAGUUAAAUUUUAAUUCGUAUCAAAUAAAAAUGAGCGGCACGUGCCGUUUUUGUUUGGAACCUUGCGAGUCCAAUGACCGGCUAAUCGAUCGAAACUUUCGCGAAAAAGCCCAGGACAUCUUUGUGCUGCAGAUAAACAUUGCCAAGAAAAACAAUGCGGCGGUGUGCGAUUCCUGCCGGUCGCAGGUCGAGCGAUUCUACCUCUUUAAGCGGAAGUGCCGCCAGCAGGAGGAACUGCGUCGGGAUCCAAAGGCAACCGUUCUGAGCAUGGGAUUCGCCGUCCAAGAAGUUAAAGUCGCUCCACCACCGACAGAUCCGGAACAAAAGACCAAGGAGCCCGCUGGGUCAGAACCCGAGAAUAUGGAUGUGGAAGAGAAGACGGUAAAGCGGUCGCCUAGAACAAAGAGGAGAAACCGUGGUCGCAAGGUUAGGACCUGGAAUCCGUUCACCAAAGAACAGCUGGCCACCACGAGCAGGGCGGUGCUGUACAAGGAACGAUACAAUAAGAUUUGCGAGCUUUGUGGCAAGUCCCGGCCGGCCAAUCAAAUGGAAGAGCACAUGAACAAGCAUCGCGGAGUUCAACCGUACGCCUGUGAAGUGCUGGGCUGUGUUGCGAAAUUUUACGGGGCAGCGGGGCUCAAGGGACACGUCAAGCGAACCCACAGCGACGACCAGUUGCCUUGUCCGGAGUGUGGCAAGGUGUUCACGUGUGAAACGACGCUCGCCAACCACCGGAAAUCACACGCUGAGAAACCGUAUGCCUGCGAGAUUUGCAACUUGAGAGUUCGUGUUAAAUCCACGCUGCGGCAGCACAUGCUGGUGCACACCCAGCAGCGUGACCAUGUUUGCAAGUUCUGCGGAAAAGCUUUCUACGCGAGUACGGUUCUUACGUUGCAUCUGCGUUCCCACACGGGCGAGCGACCCUAUGCCUGCCACGUUUGCGACUUUAGCCAUGCGCACCGGAUUCUGUACGUGAAGCACAUGCAAAAGUUUCACCCGGGGGAGGAAAUCCGGACGCUAGCUGAAAUGAAACGGCUGGCAGCGAUUGCUAGCGCACUGCAGCAGAAGGAGCAGAACGGAGAAGAAGAGGAACGACUGGAGGAGGAGUUUAUCGAGGGUGAAGCCGAUGCAGGCGUGACCUACAAGUUGGAGGAGAUUGAAAUUUUGGGAAGGCAUGAAGGGUUUGAGUAGGAUUGACUUGGCUUUUCUUCAAUGAAUAAACGAAUGAAGCGUUAAA